UAAAUUAAAUAACAUGCGUCUUUGUCCGUUAGUAUGUACCGGUGUAUCAUGUAUGCUAUAGAUUAACGCCAAUUUAUUAUUGCAACUCACUUACGUGAUACAUCCGGAGCAAAACUUAUUUGAAAUGGAACUCGUGAGGCCCAUCCACUUGCUCCAGCAUUGCCUACUUCCCAAGAAAUUCGCAUCAAACUGGUGCACUUGCCCCAACCGACGAAAUUCCCAGCUUGUCUGGGACCCGUUGUUGUCUUCUAGUGAAUUGUCUUAAUGGUCAGGAUUUCAGAUUGGAAUGAUCAAGGGCUCUCGAUCAUAAGUAGAGAAACCUUUUUUAGUGCCUGAACAACUCCUCGGAUUCCCUCAACACCUGCAAGCGUUUCUUUCCUCGGACACACAAAGGUCAACGACAAUGGCUGAAACUUUGAUCGUGCUUUUUUCUGGAAUCUUGAGCAAGAUACCUCCGAUAUCUGACGAUCGGAGACUGGGUUUACACAAAGAACUUGAAAAAAUGGCAACUAUGCUACUUAAGUUGCAAGCUGUUCUCUUUGAUCUUCAAAGCAGCGAUGGAUAUCACAGCAGCCAAACUGAGCUUUGGCUGAAAAUGCUCCAACAGAUAUUAUCCGACACUGAGACCUUGGUGGACGAGAUUGCAUAUGAAGUUCUUCGCCGAAAGUUUGGGAUCAGAAAGUUUGGGAUCAGAAAUUGGGGCGACAAGGUAAGCGGCUUUGUUGCUCCCAUUUCUCCACUUGUUUUUUCCUCGAUAAUUGAAUGUCUUCGCCAACAGAGUGAGAUCCACGAUUCGGAUAAUAAGGUGCUCAGCUUCUUUCCCUUUUCAUAUCGUGGAAAGAUGGCUCGUAUGAUAAAAAAUACUAUAUUAUCUUUAGAGGUGGCAUAUGAAGAAUUCUCAGGUAUCCGGGCUACUAGAGUGGAUUUGAUGAGCAGGCCUACUCAGCUGGAAGAAACACGCUCCAUGGCUUCCUUUCUGGAUGACCAAGCAAUUGUACGAAGGGAGAAUGAUAUCUCUGUGCUGACAAGCAUGUUGGACGACUCUGUAGGCGACUUAGAGGUCAUUAGCAUAGUGGGAAUGGGUGGUGUUGGUAAGACGACCCUUGCUUGGCUAGUGUACGGCCAUCCCCGGGUAGAGUAUUGCUUUUACAAGAGAAUGUGGGUACACGUAUCUGAGAAAUUUGAAGUGAACAGAGUCUUGAAUGACAUACUGCAAUCUCUAGGGGAAGCCCGCGUUGAGACAACUAGUAAAGAAUCACCAGUGUCGAGGCUUCGAGAAAUCAUUCCCAGGAGAAGAAGUUUCCUUGUGCUCGAUGAUGUCUGGACCGAGAGUGAAGAAAAAUUGUAUGAAUUGAAGAGUUGUUUGCUAUAUGCAAUGUCUGGUGGAGGGAGCAAGAUACUGAUAACUACACGCAGUCAUAGAGUUGCUGCAAUGAUGCGAACAUCUCAUGUUUGUCCCUACGUGCUACAGCCUCUCCCAGAGGACCUCAGCUGGGAGUUGUUUGAGAAAAUAGCAUUUAGACAUGGGAGUGCAGGAAAGUAUCCGGAAUUGGUAGACAUUGGUCGAAGGAUGGUUAAAAAGUGUGGGGGUCUUCCAUUAGCUAUAACAAAAAUAGCCGGUUGGAUGUAUCCCCAGAAAGAUCAAUCCGAGUGGUCCAGGAUUGAAGAAAGUGAAAUUUGGAAUUUUCGAUCUGCAGGUCAUCCGUAUGGGAACGGUAGUUGGUAUAAAAAUGGAGUCCUUUCUGUAUUGCUGCUCAGUUAUUAUAAUUUACCAUCACCGUGGUUGAAAAAAUGUUUUGCAUGCUGUUCCAUAUUUCCCAAGGACACCCUCAUAGAAAAGGAGAAGCUGAAACAAAUUUGGAUGGCACUAGGACUCAUUAGUUCUCCUAAUGAAAAAAAUUUGACAUUGGAGGACGUUGGUAGCAGCUAUAUCAAUAUAUUGCUACAGAGUUCUCUGUUGCAAGACACUCGAGAGGAUGACUAUGAUAAUAUCACACAUUGUGGGAUGCAUAAUAUUGUGCAUGACCUUUCGUUAUAUGUGUCACAUAAUUUUUCCUCUGUUUUCGAUGGGCUCGAAAGUAAUUCUACAGCCGACAUGAGUAUAAAUGAUGAUGCUGAGGCUGUACAUUUGUCAUUUAAUAAUUCAGCUACAUGGACGAUGUGCAAGAUUCCUGAUCGACGUCUCAACAAUUUGCGAACAUUUUGUGUUGUAGGGGGCUGUGUAGACCUUGAAGAUGUCUUCACAAACUUCACAGGUCUUCGUGUCUUGAUAGUUGAAGACCAUGCUGUCAAGAACUUACCGAAGACUGUUGAUAGAUUGAAACAUCUAAGGUAUCUUGACAUCUCAAGAACCAGAAUCAGAUUUCUGCCGCAGUCCUUUACAAAGCUCUACAAUUUGCAGACAUGAAGGGUCUUUGAUCUGGUAAUGCUUCCAGAGGGGUUCGAAAAACUCAUUAACUUGAGGCACUUUUACAUUCAGCAAUAUCGUCGUAGUCGUCCGCCGAAUCUUUUGCUUCCAAGGAUAGGGCAUUUGACUAAUCUUCAAACAUUGCCUUUCUUUUCGGUGAGCCAAGAAAAGGGAUGUCGAAUUGAAGAGUUGGAAUACUUGGACAAUCUUGGAGGUAAAUUAACAAUCUAUGGCCUUGAAAACGUGAACAGCUAUGAAUCUGCUUUGAAGGCAAAUUUGUCAAGGAAGUUUCGAGUCCAAAGUUUGGAACUCUACUGGGAAGGUCCAAACAAGAAUAGCAAUGAUAAAGAUGUGCUCGAGGGUCUCAAACCUCAUAGCAAUUUGAGAAGUCUAAAGAUUGUUGGUUUCCAAGGGUCAAGAUUCCCUCAGUGGAUGGUUCGACAAAAUCUACUGUCAUUGCAUAAUCUAGUGCAGCUUCAAUUGGAGCAUUUGGAUGAGCUUGAAGAUCUCCCUCCAACCAAGAGGUUCCCUAAACUAGAGAAACUACGUCUGCAUUGGCUUCCAAAGUUGGAAAGUGUACCAGAGGAUACGAGCAAUCUUACCUGUCUUCGGAGAUUGGAAAUUUCUUGUUGCCAUAGUUUGACAAGUUUACCAAAUCUGAAUAGCCUUGCAACUCUUCAGGAGCUGGAGAUGAUCGGUUGCCCUAAUUUGACCCAUCUAUGGGAGGAUUCCACAUGGCAAGAUGGCAUUCUAUCUCUUGAGAAUCUAUGCAUAAGCAAUUGCCCCAAUCUUGAAGCUAUUCCAGCCAUUCAGAAACUCCAAUCGCUGCGUAAACUGCAAAUUGAAAGUUGCGAGUCGUUGAAUUUAUCGUUAAAAAAUGUUGGGAAUUUUCAAUACCUCGAGUUCCUAGAUAUUUAUUCCGACCCUGCCACAUGGCCACAGGACAUCUAUGAAUUGACAAGCCUCACGACCUUGCAUCUUGGUGGCUUCUCCGAGAACAUUGAUUAUUUUCCUUGGCCCGACACCUUCUCGGGGCCUGUUGAUGGAAUAAAAGAACAUUGUGCCUCUUUAAGGUCCCUUCAAUUGUACGGGUGGCCAAUGAUCAAAUCUCUGCCUGGGCAAAUGCAGUACCUCUCCAAGUUGACUAAUUUAACAAUAAUCAGGUUUGAUGGGUUGGAGGCUCUUCCAGAGUGGCUGGGGAAAUUACAAUCUCUCCAAACGUUGGAGCUUUUUGCAUGCAAGAACCUGAAGUACUUACCUUCAACAGCGAUGGAAUGUCUUGCAGAUUUACACACUUUGAGAAUCAAUAGAUGUCCCCUUUUGAAGGAGAGAUACAGCAGAGGAACCGGCGAAGAGUGGCCCAAGAUAGCCCAUAUUCCUAAUAUUUAUCUCUAGACUUCUUCAUAUCCAACCAUGAUAUACAGAGGAGUAGAUUAUUUGAAACGGAUAGCCUUGCUGAUGAUACCAAGUGAAGAGCGGUUGUUCAGUCCAAGAUUUUUUUUUGGAGGGGAUAUUUUCCUGUUUCUGAUUGGGGUCAAAGAUCUACAAUUAGAAUUAUGGAAAUCUGAUUUUGUUCCAGUUAAUUCUGCUUUUCCUAGGCCCAGAACUUACCAGGCUGAACCCUCAUCAUUCAGAGGUUACCACACCAGCAUCCGACUUCAUACUUUCCUUGAUGCUUGGAUGACAUAUUCCCUCGAGGCUUUGUUGGCUACACUACUAACUGUUGAACCUUCGGUGCUACGCACUGAGAAGAUGUCCCCACAGAAUCAAUAUAUAUAAUCUUCCCUUAAUUCAGAACUUGAGUUGUAUUUUCACUUUUGAUUGUGGAAUGACUAAUUUUAUGCCCAAUAAGCAGAAGGAAGGCUAUAUUUGCUUUCAAGGAGACUGUGGUAAAGGAGCUGAAUUAGACCUGAGCUUUUGAAUCAUAACAAGAGGUAAUAAGGUAUAGAGUACUAAAUACUGAUGUUCAAGCUCUCUUUGUGAAGGUUAUUACAUAGACCAGGAAUUCCUGAAGCUUUUGUUGGAUUGGCACUGCAACUCCCUGAGAUUCUCAGACUCAGGAAACGUAGAUUGCUGAUUAUUUGUAUUCAGAAUAUUGUAGAUGGGAAAUGCCAAGAUUCUUCUGAGAUGGAGAAGAAUAGAGUGUUAAAUGUGCUCAGAAGAAGCUUACAGGAAAAGUCCAAGGAAGAAGUACAAGGUGUCUGGCAUGAACAGCUGACAUUUCUCUUGAAACAAAUUCAACUCCCUUCUGUUGAGUCUUUCAUCCUCUCUCUCAGACAGCGCCAGUAUAUUCAGUGUAAAUAUGGUUAUUCAAUUCAAUGGGACUCUGAUUUGUACCAAUGUGCAUGUUGCAUGGUUUUCAGUUUAGGAUAUUGAUCUGGACCUCCAAAAUUGCAAGAACUACUGCUCUAAGAUCUAAUCCAGCUUGGAAGCUGAGUCUUGCUCUUAAGGUGGCAACUUAACCCUGUAAAAACGCAGUUUUAGAGGUGAUAAGUAACGUCGCUUUACGGCUGAUUCAGAAGUGAAAAUUGUUAGUUAGUGUUUACACCAAAA